AAUGCAAAAAACAGAAAAAAUAAAUCCUCUAAUUUUUGGCGCAUUUUCUUUUCGAUGGCAAAGGACUUUUAGGCAGCAGGCCACAACCUCUUCGUUCGACGUUCGUUUGUUUAAUAAAGUUUCGGGCCUGCCAUGUAACUUUAGUUGUAAGCGCAGCUGUGUAUGUAUACGUGAAAUAUUGCAGUGUCCUUGAACUAUGCAUUUGGUGACCGUACGCCCACAACCACCCACCUUUUCACACAUCCCAAUCGCUCAACCACGAUGACUACUGCCAACUACUACUACUACUAACCCACCCCGGGAAUUGCGGCUGGAUAAUUUUACAAAAAUUUGAUUAAACCGAACGUGAUGCUCUUGUAAUUGCAUUACGUUAAGGUUUCAGAUGUAUUUGAAGGAAAGAAAGCGAGAAAACCCACCACCACUGCGGAGACGCAAUGAAUGACAAGUAUUGCGGCCCAUGUCCCAUCUCCGAAACGCAAUUAGAGCUACAUCUUUUUGACAAGUGAUUUGUUUCGGGCUGCGGAACGGAGAGCAGCCCAGCCAAACGGUUAUAAAUAGCCAUUGACUUGACGGCAGGGAAAAAUAAUAAGAACUAAAGCCGCGGCGAGGCGACUCUGCCAUAUGGUUGCCGUGUACCCAAUCCAUUUCGGCGUGUCAUAUUGCUUGGUCCUGGUCGCGUUCACGGUUGCGGAGAACGAAUCUCUCCUGGUCUCACUCGCAGUUUCCUGCUCGUCACAGUUCCUCAUCCCCGCAAACAGAAAACCAGUCGAGCAUCUAGCAUCCCUUGUGGCCCUUCCUGGUUGUCUACCCUCCGUACUCCAUCCUCCGUCCUCCCGAUGCCUGACUACUUCUAAGCCAAACCUCUCCACCGCCAACUUGCCGGAUUCUCGCUCUGAUGUUCCUCCGUCCGCCAACCACUCAACUGAAGCUCCAGCUUCGUCGUCGGUGGAGCGUGAUAACGAAACCGAACUCCCCGAUGCCCUUCGCUCUCCGCCGAACCAAAAGUAAUCCGGGUACUUUAACCAACUUUUAAAGGUUUUUUGGCGGAGCAAACAUCGCUAUGUGUAAACUGGUACGGACAACAAAAUUGUAAGCUUCAAAAUUUAAAAGUUAUAUAAGAAAUCAACAAAUUUCAAAUCGGACUUUGCCUAGUUUCGGAUUUUUCCUAUUUAGCGAUAAAAAUAAAAAAUUUCCAAAAAG